CACCUAUCGCACCCAGGUGGUCAGAUCACACCCUAAAAAAACCUCCCAAAACCACGCCAACUUAUUUGUCGCGCCAGCUCUCUUUGAUCCGUCAGCUUUUGCCUCCAUCAACAUUGCGCCACGCCCUUUCUCUUCCGACGUGCGAGUCAUUACAGAAGCUGCCUGGACAUUUCAAUCACUGUAUUCGACGUCCUAUUUCUGAUCCCACCGCCGCAUCCCUCUCUUUUCUGCACCGAACCACUCUUUUUUUUCGCGUCGCCGUCCCGCUACAGCGCCCUCCAACGCGAUGGCGCCUCGAGCCAAAGCCGCCGCCCCCAAGGCGACCACCAAGAAGACGGCCGCAACUGCCACCACCGGCGUCAAGAAGGCUGUGAAGCCUGCUGCAAAGCCCGCUGCCAAGCCAUCCGAGACGAAGAAGACCGAAGCCGCGACCAAUGGCGCGUCGAAGAAGCGCAAGGUUGAGGAGAGCGAGCCCGAGUCCGAGGUAGAGGCUCCCGAGGCGAAGAAGUCCAAGACCACCCGCGAGGUCAAGCCCGUGAAGAAGCCCGCCGCCAAGCCUACCAAGGCCAAGGCCGCUCCCAAGAAGACCAAGGCCGAGGAACCCGUCAAGAAGUCCAAGGUCGAGGAACCCAAGAAGCCCAAGGCCGAGAAGCCCAAGGCCGAGAAGCCCAAGGCCGAGAAACCCAAGGCCGCGAAACCCAAGGCCACCACGCCCAAGCCCGAGGCCGAGGAGACCGAAGUCGAAGAAACGACCCCCCCUCCCCAGCCCGAGGCCAAACCUGCACCUGCCAAGAAGGUCGCCGUGAAGAAGCCUGAACCUACCAAGAAGUAUGUCGGAAUCGGCCGCAAGAUCAACGAGGCCCCGACCCAGAUCCUCGAUGUCUACGUCUUCGGCGAGGGCACCUCCGGCGAGCUUGGCCUUGGCAGCAAGCGCGUCGAAGGCAAGAAGCCUAUCGACGUGAAGCGCCCGCGUCUCAACAACAACCUCUCUGCUGCCGAGGUUGGUGUGGUCCAGGUUUCCUGCGGUGGCAUGCACGCUGUCGCCUUGACCCACGACAACAAGAUCCUGACCUGGGGUGUCAACGACCAGGGCGCUUUGGGCAGAGACACCACCUGGAAUGGUGGUCUGCGUGAUAUGGAGGAUGACUCGGAUUCAGACGACGACGACGAUGAUUCGGGCGUCAACCCCAUGGAGAGCACCCCCACAGCUGUUUCUAGCCAUCACUUUGCCCCCGGCACCAAGUUCGUCCAGGUCGUUGCCUGUGACAGCGCUACCUUUGCCCUCACCGAGGAUGGCCGCGUCUACGGCUGGGGUACCUUCCGCUCCAGUGAUGGCAUCCUGGGUUUCUCCGAGACCGUCAAAGUCCAGUCCACUCCCGCUAUCCUACCGUUGCUCAAGGGCAUCAAGUCGCUUGCUGCCGGCUCCAACCACGUCCUCGCCCUAGACAACAAGGGCAACGUUGCCGCCUGGGGCUGUGGCCAGCAGAACCAGCUUGGUCGCCGCAUCAUUGAGCGAAACAAGAUGUCGUCGCUUGUCCCUCAGGGUGUUGGUCUGCCCCGGGGCAAGAUUGUCAAGAUUGCUUGUGGUUCUUACCACAGCUUUGCCAUUGACAAGGCCGGCCAAGUUUGGGGUUGGGGUCUGAACAACUUUGGCGAGAUUGGUGUCGAGUCCAACGCUGGAGAGGAUGAUGCCGUCAUCCUUCGCCCUGCCAAGAUCACCUUCCUGGAAGACUUCACCAUCACCGAUAUCGAUGGUGGUGAGCACCACUCUCUAGCGUGCUCCGGGAGUGGCGAUCUCAUCACCUGGGGACGUGUCGAUGGGUACCAAGUCGGCUUUGAGUUCGACAAGCUGACCCAAGAAAACGCCAUCUACGAUGAGCGUGGCAAUGCCCGCAUCCUGUUCAAGCCUACUGUUGUCCCUGACAUCGCCGACAUUGUUGCCGUCACCGCUGGCACUGACAACAACUUUGCUGUCACCUCCGAGGGCAAGGUCUACUCCUGGGGCUUCUCGAGCAACUACCAGACAGGCCAGGGCACUCUGGACGACAUCCACACGCCCACAGUGAUCGACAACACCGCUAUCCGCGGCAAGAAGAUCCUCGCCGCCGGUGCUGGAGGCCAGUACUCAAUCCUCGUCGGCGCUGCCUCUGAUGCCCCCAAGACCAACGGCGUCAAGACCAACGGCACCCAUGUUGACGACGACAAGGAAAACGUGAAGUCCAAGCUUUAGGAGUGCAAAGUGUUGUCCCUCACGUCGGUGCACGUGGAGUUUUUGGACGCACCCAUCUCGUUGUUUUGUGCAUGAUAUUUUCAGAAGCCCUGUUAAUGAGGCUACUGUCCGCUAACCGGGCGGUGGCUAUUUGGGCUUUAUAUAACACUUCUUAUCGCCGUUUGGCAAUGAAAUCGGGCUUGGGGAUAGGGAUGGAUGUGUCUUUUUAUGCGCCAGAGGGAUAACGAGGCACGGAUCGCAUGUUGUCAUUUUUGCCGGUAGUGAUAUAGACGUCUUGCAUAUUUGAAGUUGAGCUGACGCUCUCGGCGUCAAAACACGUAUUCAGCUCCCUUGUACAAUACA